AUGUCGGAAACUCCGGGAAACAAUCACCCACUGCCCCAAACGCAAGAGAAGGAUCAGAUUCAAUGUUCAAAAUGCACACCUCCCUCGUCACCCAAGUCGCCACCACUCACCCCCAAAACUUUUCCAAGUUUAGCUAGGGACUCUCUCUAUCAAACAGACCGGGCUAUCUCCUAUGCCUCGGAACUCCUAUCGACUUCCUCUGGACGCGAUGCUAUUCUCAUGGCCAUCUGUUACUCAACAUUAUUAACAUCAUCGCUGCUCUCAUCAAUCUUUCAGGCUCGUCUUCGUCUAAAGACUCGCAAUUUAUACAAAAAAAUUCAUAGAUUUUCCCCAAAUCUAAUUUUUAUUCUUCAAAUCACGAAGAGCCCAUCUUCUUCUCUGUUGAUACUAUCCCAGCAGCUAAAAGCACUGAGUUCUCUCAUCUCUGACGUACGGAUGUUUAGCCGCCUUUGGGGGCUCUUCGAAAUCUGGGCGUGGGCCAAAAAAUCAGUUUUGAACAACCCACACCCAGAUUCGUGGAUAAGACGAAUUGAGAAAACUCAGAUCCUUGUGAACUUAGCUUAUCAGUACUUGGAAAACUACGCGUAUCUCAGUUCUAAAGGCGUUCUCGGCCUAUCUACCGAAGCCCAGAGCAAAGCAUGGGUUUACAGCUCUCGUUUUUGGGUAGCCCAUAUACUCCUGGAACUUGCGCGACUCUGGAGAGAAAGGGGCUUGCACGAGGAAAAGACAGAGAAAGAAUGUGAUUGGACCUCUAAUUGGAGGCGACAGGUUCUUUUAAAUGCGGCCUAUGCGCCACUAGCGGCUCAUUGGAGCUCCCAGGGAGGUCUCAUACCAGAAUUCUGUGUGGGAUUAUUUGGAAGCAUUAUUGGUCUAAACAAAGUCAUUCACCUCUGGAGGAACUGUGCUCUGUAA